CAACUCUCAGCAAGAUCAAUGGACACCUGAGUGGCUAAGGCAGCAGAUUCUGCAGGAGGACUUCCGCAGACGCCAUGUGGGAGGCGGUGCUGCCACUAAGACUGCUGAGGGGUAUGGAGCUGCAGGGCGCGGCAGAGGAAGAGGGGGUUGGAAAGGCCGAGGCCGUGGGAGAAGCUUUGGCAGAGGUAGAGGCCGAGGUGACUAUAAUGAGGGGCAUGGGAGCUCCAGUGGCAGGGGGAGUACCAGAAUGGAGGGCACCUGCUGCAGCAACGGCAGCAGUGGCAAAGGCAACAGCAGGAGGAGAUGCAACUGCACCAACUGAUGGGGUGCUGGAAGCAGUCAAGAAAGUGCAGAAGCAGCAGACACAUGGUGAGGAGAAAAGGGGGAAGUUGGAGGCUUCUGGAAGAUGGGGUGUGCACUUGGGGAUUGCAAAGGAUCACAAGGGGUGGCUGCUAUGGGACUUGACCACCCAGAAGUUGACACUGUCAAGGGAUGUGAAGUUUCUUGAGUCCCUGUACUACAAGGAAUGGAAGCAGCAGCAACAGAAGCUUCCAUCUACACCGCUCAUUGUGGAGGCAGAUGAGGUGCAGCAGCCUUCAAGACAGGUGGAGGUUGCAGUGUCAGAGGAGGAGAUGUCUGGGGUGACUGAGGAAGGGGGAGCAGCUGAAGUAGAGCAGCAGCAGCAGCAGCAGCAUGAGUCUCCAUCUCGAGUUCCACACCCGCCUGAGCGACCUAGGAGGGAUGUGCGCCCUCCGGUGAGGCUGACCUAUGGGGGAAGAGGCAAGCCAAAUGUGGUGCAGGCUGGGAGUGUGGUUGAGCAGAUUGAGGAAGAUGAGAUCGCUCACUGCUACUGGGCACCAAUCCCUGAGCCCAAGACUCGAGAGGAGGCCUUGAAUGGACCAAAUGGGGAGAAGUGGAAGGCGAGUGAGGAUGAGGAGUUCGGGUCCCUGAUUGAAAACGAGACAUGGGACCUGUGUGACUUGCCUCCUGGAAAGAAGGCAAUCACUUCCAAGAUGAUCUACAGGCACAAGUAUGGACCUGAAGGGGAGCUGACCCGCUACAAGUCUAGGCUUGUGGCACGGGGGUUUCAGCAGACAAAGGGGAAGGACUAUGAUGAGGUGUUUGCUCCUGUGGGGAAAGGAACAACACUGAGGGUGCUGUUAGCGAUAGCUGCACUCCUGGGAUGGAAGAUACGGCAGAUGGACAUUGUGACAAUGAGUCCGCUGUGAAGCUCGCCAAGAAUGCUUGUCUGCAUGGGCUGACAAAACACAUAAGG